AUGAAGGAACAAAUCGAGCUUCCGACGGUCAAAUUAUAUCACCUCAAGAAGCUGAGCAUGGAUGCGCACGACCAUACGGACUGGUUCGGGACUAAUACAUCGCCCGAUCUGCCUCAUCUUCCAGCAGACUUUUCGAGCUAUGCAUGUCUGGCUGCGCGGACGGUAGAGGGGAAACGGUGUCACCAUGGAGCUACCAAUGAGCAGUUCGGUGAGCACCGCAAGGCUACCUAUUGGCUUGACUGUCAUCACGAGACAAGUUUCGCUUUUUUCCUUUGA